AUGACACUUACCGCUGAGCAGGCAGAUGCAUCUCGAGACGUAGUCACAGGUAUCAUUUUGGUUUAUUUAGUCCCUACAUUUACCCUAUUUGAUUCUGGUGCAUCGCACUAUUUUAUAUCUGCUCAGUUCAUUGCACGACACACUAUACCAUGUGAUAGUUUAAAGGCAAACUGGAAUAUCCAUACCGGUAGCAGGGUGUUGAUGUCUAGUAGGGAGUGGAUGGAUUGGCUCUACAACUUCCAUGCGAUGAUCGACUGCCGACCUAGAAGCGUAAUGUUCAAGAUACCAGGCCACCCAGAGUUUGAAUUCAUGAGUGGUAGCAAAGUGAUGGAACAACCAAAGUAUCGAGCAGACAUGGAUGGAGUAUUAACCUAUAUAAAGGUAGAGGAGAAGCCCAUACCAGAAAUUGUUGAGGAGUUCCUUGAUAUUUUCCCUGAUGAGUUGCUGGGACCACUUACUAGGCUGACUCAGAAGGAGGUCAAGUUUGUGUGGGCUCCAGAGUGUCAAACAGCAUUUGAGGAGUUAAAGAAGAAGUUGACGUCAGCACCUGUUUUAUCAAUCCCAGAUGAGUCAGAAGGAUUUGUAGUGCACACAAAUGCUUCUAGUUUGGGUUUAGGUUGUGUUUUGAUGCAACAGGGAAAGGUAGUAGAUUAUGCGUCUAGACAGCUAAAGACGCAUGAGAGGAAUUACCCAGUUCAUAAUCUGGAAUUAGCGGUGGUUAUUUUUGCAUUAAAGCUAUGGCGGCACUAUCUUUUAGGGCAGAGAGUGGAGGUGUACACAGAUCACAAAAGUUUGAAGUAUAUCUUCACUCAGAAGGAACUCAACAUGAGACAACGCAGAUGGAAGCCUGUGGCGAUGAGACUCACCAGACAGUGGGAGUUGCUAGCUGAGUUCUGGAGGAUGAACAUGGAGAUUAUAUUGCCUGGAGUAGGGAGACAAUUAAUGAGUUUGCAUUUACAUUCAACUCUGGUGGACCGGAUCAAGGCUUCCCAGUUCGAGGAUGCUCGGUACAAAAAAUUCAAGAAACAAGUGGAGUCUAGAGAGAGAACUAAUCUACAGAUGCAUGAGGAUGGAUCCUUGCGAUUCCGUGGUAGGUUGUGUGUGCCUAAGGGCGAUGUUAGAAGAGAGCUGUUGGAGGAGGCACACAGUUCAGUGCUUUCUAUUCAUCCAUGA